CGCACCCUAUUGGUCAGAAUCUGCGCCCACUGCUCUCCGUUGGCGCGGUUGUUGAACCGUCGCAGGCAGAUAAACAUUAAGACAAAGUGAUGAAAAGCGGGGACAGCAUGGAGAAUGGAAGGACCCAGUUUCCAUUUCCCUAUCAGCCCUAUAACAUCCAGGAGCAGUUUAUGCAUCACCUGUACAGUGCACUCGACCAGGGCAAAGUUGGCAUCUUUGAAAGUCCAACUGGAACGGGCAAGUCUCUGAGUCUGAUAUGUGGAGCGCUGAGCUGGCUCACAGACCAUGAGGAGAAGAGGAGACAGGAGGCAGCUGCUCUGCUGCAGGAAGGAGAAGCAGCUCUUUCCACUUGUAAUCCUCAGUCCUCCUCCUCCUCCUCCGGCAGCUGCUCCUCGGCGGAGCCCGACUGGAUCACUGAUUUUGUUCAGAAAAAGGCAGAACGUGAUCUGGUGUCAAAGUUGAAGGAGGAAGAGUUGAAAAGAAAGAAGAGGGAAGAACGAUUAGAGAUGAUCAGAAACAACGUUCAACUCAAAUAUGCAAUGAAGAGAAAAAGCUGUGAGGAUGAAGAAGCAUUCAAGUUGCUCCAGCUCAGUAAAGAGGAACAAACAGAGACACAAGGAGAUCAAGAGGACGAGGAGCUUGUCGUCGCAGAAUACGAGAGCGAUGACGAGUCAAAGACCAGGAACAGAUUUUGUGCUGCUGAAGACGACACAGAUGAUGAACUGGUUGAAGAACAUGCUGCUAAGAUUUACUACUGCAGUCGCACUCACUCCCAGCUGGCCCAGUUUGUCCAUGAGGUUCAAAAGAGUCCCUUUGGCAAGGACAUCAGCGUGGUCACACUGGGCUCACGGCAGAAUCUGUGCAUCAACGAGGAGGUGCGUCGCCUGGGCAGCAUCCAGCGCAUUAAUGACCGCUGCAUGGAGAUGCAGAAAAACAAACAUGCGAACCAGAAUCAUGAAGAGGGUGUAAAACGAAAGCGCGGCCCAGCAAAGAGUGUGUGUCCCUAUUAUAAAGCUUCAGCACUGCAGCAGAUGAGGGAUGAUCUUCUGGGGACAGUCCACGAUAUAGAGCAGCUGCUGAAGCUGGGCAGAGAAUUACAUUCAUGUCCUUAUUACUCUACACGACUCGCUAUCCCCCCUGCACAGUUGGUGGUGUUGCCCUAUCAGAUGCUGCUUCAUGAAGCUACAAGAAAGGCCGCAGGAGUUCAGCUAAAAGGACAGGUGGUGAUCAUAGAUGAAGCUCACAAUCUCAGUGACACACUCUCCUGUAUACACAGUGCAGAGCUCACUGGAGCACAGCUUUGCCGUGCCCACUCUCAGCUCACCCAGUAUGCUGAGCGUUAUAAGAGCAGACUGAAGGCAAAGAAUCUGAUGUACAUCAAACAGAUUCUGUUUGUGAUUGAGGGGCUUGUCCGAGUGCUGGGAGGCAAAGUGGGGCAGAAUCCACAGAGCCAGACUACACAAACAGGAACUGAAAUGCUCACCAUCAACAACUUCCUCUUCAAGGGGCAAAUCGACAAUAUCAACUUGUUUAAGUUACAGAGAUACUUUGAGAAGAGCAUGGUCAGCAGAAAACUGGGUGGCUUUGUGGAGAAGUACGCAGGAGCCGGUGUGAGCUUGCACACCCAGACCAGCUCCAACAAGGAGAACCGACGCACCGAGGGCUUAAACCGCUACCUUCAAACGCUACAGAGCAACCAGAGCGCUGCACCAGUUUCUUCAGCUGACCAGCAGGGGUCUACAGAGGCAGAGAAAGUGCUAUCUGCAUCUCCCAUGAUGCAGGUGGAGGGUUUCUUCAUGGCCCUCACCAACAGCAACACUGACGGCAGAGUGGUGGUGCACAGACAAGGUACUUUGUCAGAGAGCAGCGUCAAGUUCUUGCUGUUGAAUCCAGCGGUCCAUUUUGCCCAGGUGCUGAAGGAGUGCAGAGCGGUCAUCAUCGCAGGAGGAACCAUGCAGCCUGUUUCAGACUUCAAACAAGAGCUCCUGUUUUCUGCCGGAGUGCAAGAGGAGCGCAUCACUGAGUUUUCCUGUGGUCAUGUAAUUCCCCCCGAGAACAUUCUUCCCCUUGUCUUGUGCAGCGGUCCAUCUGGUCAGGAGCUGGAUUUUACUUUUCAAAACAGAGACACUCCACGCAUGAUGGAUGAGACAGGGCGCAUCCUCUCCAACAUUUGUAACGUGGUCCCCGGUGGUGUCGUGUGCUUCUUUCCUUCUUAUGAGUACUCGAGGCGGAUCAUUUCUCACUGGGAGGCCAGCGGCGCGCUGACUCGUCUGGCUAACAAGAAGAAGAUCUUCCAGGAACCAAAGAAAGCCAACCAGGUUGAGCAGGUGCUGAGCGAGUUCUCCCGCUGCAUCCAGAGGUGUGCUGCGGACGGUGGUGGUCUCACAGGAGCGUUGCUGUUCUCUGUGGUUGGAGGGAAAAUGAGUGAGGGCAUCAAUUUCUCUGAUGACCUGGGUAGGUGUGUGGUGAUGGUGGGAAUGCCGUAUCCCAACAUCAAAUCUCCAGAGCUGCAGGAAAAGAUGUCCUAUCUGGACAAACACCUGCCUCACAGCGGAGGGAGGAGCCCUGGUCAAGCACUAAUAGAAAACCUCUGCAUGAAGGCUGUCAAUCAGUCCAUAGGAAGAGCUAUCCGUCACCGUGGCGACUAUUCCUCCAUGGUGCUGUGUGACAGGCGUUAUUCUCGACCUGCUACGCUCGCUAAACUUCCCAAAUGGAUCCAAGAUCGCACAAGCACACACUCAACUUUUGGCCCCGCUUUUGCUGCCUUACGGAAGUUCUUCUUGGAGAAGAAGCAGAAGCAGAUGUAGUUUCAACUGACAAGAAUUCAACCGGCCCGAACAGGAUUAGGAAACCCAGUGAAAUUCACUCUGCAAGCAUAAAGAGAAACUGAAUGUGUUCUCAUAAAAAAAUACUUUAAGAUAACUAGAGGGCCUCUGUAAUAAGUUCCUUAUCACGAGAUUGCCGCAGCUCUUUUAUUCUGCUUUAUGUUUACAAUCUUGGAACAUUUCAAAGCCAUCAGAUCUCAGAGUCCUCCUGGCUGGAGGUAAAGGGUCAACCAUGGAAGCAGUUUCUGUUUUCAGCACGUCAUAGUUGCCUUAUUUAACUUUCAUAUGUUGUCUGUUACUGUUCUGUUUUGAGAAGUCAUGUUGAAUUUGAGAAUACUGGUUCUAAAAUGUCUUCGA